GUCUGUUCAGCGCUCAACUGUGGCCACAAGUCACUCUGGAGAUCUUGACUGCAUACUGAGGACGUGUUGAGAUAUUUGACUGAGUUACUCCCAUCAUCAAUAUUAGGAUGGAUGAGAUGAACUCAAGCACUACAGUAUUCAAUUACCAUUUCCAAACCGGUUUCGAUUACACUGAUGAGGAUGAUGAGGAUGAUGAGGAUGACUAUGACUAUUUCAAUUUCUACAAAGGCGACGACAACGGCUCAUCAUUAGACGAUAAUCUCAGUUCUAACUUGACUUUUUGGAUCGGCAUUUUCAAAUUCUUACAUGUGCUAAAUCGGAUCACCAUUGGCAUUGGAUUUGUUUUAAUUCUUAUAGUGAUGAUUGCAGUUUUUUCACAGGUGAGAAAGGGUCAGGAUGCUCCAGUCUAUGUCAUCAACCUCCUCGUCUCUGAUAUCAUUCAGCUCUGCUGCAGAAUUCCACUAGAUUUUACUAAACGCAAUGAUGAUGAUUCCACAUUCAUAAAUAUUGUAGAUUUUGGUGUGAUGGUCAGUGUUGGAUUCAUGGUGUGUAUCUCCUGUGAAAGGUAUCUGGUCAUUGCCAAACCUCUGUGGUACAGAUUCAGGAGAAACAUCAAGACAUAUGUGGUGGUCUGCAUUGUGGUCUGGAUACUUCCACUUUUUUAUAUCAUACUUGGCAAUGGGUUUAAGGAGUAUAAGAUUGCUCUCAUCUUCUUCAUAAUUAUUUUCGUCCUGCCUUUUCCCUUCUUCAUCUUCUUUCUGGUUGGGACUAUCAAAGCUCUGUCUGCAGCGCUCAGUGUCCCAGAUGAUGAAAAACGACGAAUAGUAGCCAUUCAGGUUGCUGUGCUGAUUAUUUACAGUCUGCUUUAUCUGCCCAUCAUCAGUUUGCUCUUAGGUGUGUAUGGAGUUUUGAAUAGCAAAAGCUAUGUAAAAGCUUUAUAGCUACUUAUUUAGUUUUUUUUAAGUCUUGCAGACACAACUUUGUAUUUGUUCACUCGGAAAACCAUCCUGGAUAAGUUUCUGGCUUCAUUCUCUUCUUGUAAAAUAUAUAACAUUCAGGAGACGAUCAGCACAGAUCAUGAAAACAGGACUGAAACAAAUACUGAGGCUGUUUAGGUUUUAAUAUCUGUUGUGAUGCAAAACAGCAUCCAGAGUUCAUUUGCUGGCACUGAAAAUCAUAUUUCCUUGUUAGACCACCAUCGUUUAUUAUAUUACAUAUUUCUACAUGUAUUAUUACAUAUAUAAAUGCUUAAUUUCUUCUUAUUGAUGCCAAAUGAAAGUUUAUUCUGACCUGCAUCUAAAAACUAUCUGUGUCUUUCUGAAAGUCUCUGCACGGCUUCCAACUGGGAAGAUUUUGUAUUUGUGCUGAUGUUUUACUUAUUAA